GUUACAAAUCCCCAACGCCAGAAGCGGCAGUAUCAGUAGUUGGGGUCAGCCAGCCCAGUCAACAGCACUCUUCGCUGUCUUUUAUUCCAUUUUUUUCUUAAAUUAGCCACUUUAAGCUUCGCGAUACCGCCCCCAAUUUCAGCGUCGGUACGGAGCCGCCAGGCCGGGACAGAGUCGGAGAGAGAGGCCUCGGCAAUGGAAGCGCUCGGACCCGGCCCGCCUGCCCCUACCGCUCUGUUCCAGCCUCCGCGGCGCCCCGGCCUCGGCACGGUGGGGAAACCCAUCCGUCUCCUGGCCAACCACUUCCAAGUGCAGAUUCCCAAGAUUGAUGUCUAUCACUAUGAUAUUGACAUCAAGCCUGAGAAGCGGCCGCGGAGGGUCAACAGAGAGGUGGUGGACACGAUGGUGCGGCACUUCAAGAUGCAAAUUUUUGGAGAUCGACAGCCUGGCUAUGACGGGAAGAGGAAUAUGUACACAGCACAUCCACUGCCAAUCGGAAGAGACAGGGUGGAUCUGGAGGUGACCCUACCGGGCGAAGGGAAAGAUCAAACUUUCAAGGUGUCCCUGCAGUGGGUGUCCGUGGUCAGUCUUCAGAUGCUCCUUGAAGCCUUGUCCGGUCACCUGAACGAAGUCCCGGAGGACUCGGUUCAGGCUCUGGAUGUCAUCACGCGGCAUCUCCCUUCCAUGAGAUACACUCCAGUGGGCCGCUCGUUUUUUUCUCCUCCCGAGGGCUACUACCAUCCUUUGGGCGGAGGCAGGGAAGUGUGGUUUGGUUUCCACCAGUCCGUCCGUCCCGCUAUGUGGAACAUGAUGCUCAACAUCGAUGUGUCGGCCACUGCUUUCUACCGUGCUCAGCCCGUGAUUGAAUUCAUGUGCGAAGUUUUGGAUAUACAGAACAUCAAUGAACAGACCAAACCCCUGACGGAUUCGCAGCGUGUCAAAUUUACCAAGGAAAUAAGAGGCUUGAAAGUGGAGGUCACACACUGCGGUCAGAUGAAGAGGAAGUAUCGCGUGUGCAAUGUUACGCGCCGGCCAGCCAGCCACCAAACGUUCCCCUUACAGCUUGAGAACGGCCAGGCAAUGGAGUGCACCGUCGCUCAGUAUUUCAAGCAGAAGUACAAUCUGCAGCUCAAGUAUCCACAUUUACCCUGUCUGCAAGUCGGGCAGGAACAGAAGCACACUUAUCUGCCGUUGGAGGUCUGUAACAUCGUAGCUGGACAACGCUGUAUAAAAAAACUGACAGACAACCAGACGUCCACCAUGAUCAAAGCGACCGCACGCUCCGCCCCUGACCGACAAGAAGAGAUCAGCAGACUGGUCAAAAGCAACAGCAUGGUCGGGGGCCCGGACCCGUACCUGAAGGAAUUUGGCAUUGUGGUGCACAAUGACAUGACCGAGGUGACCGGACGAGUGCUCCCAGCGCCCAUGCUACAGUAUGGGGGCCGGGUGAGUACAGACACAGGGAGGGACUGUGGCAGGGGACUCUCUCCGCAGAAUAAAACGGUGGCCACGCCCAAUCAGGGCGUGUGGGACAUGAGGGGCAAGCAGUUCUACGCCGGCAUCGAGAUCAAGGUCUGGGCCGUGGCCUGCUUCGCGCCACAGAAACAGUGCAGAGAGGACCUGCUGAAGAGCUUCACCGACCAAUUGCGUAAGAUCUCAAAGGAUGCCGGGAUGCCCAUUCAGGGCCAGCCGUGUUUCUGUAAAUACGCGCAAGGAGCGGACAGUGUGGAGCCCAUGUUCAAGCACCUCAAGAUGUCCUAUGUGGGUCUGCAGCUAAUUGUUGUCAUCCUGCCGGGCAAAACGCCCGUCUACGCUGAGGUGAAGCGGGUGGGAGACACCCUCCUCGGCAUGGCCACCCAGUGUGUUCAGGUGAAGAAUGUGGUCAAGACGUCCCCACAAACUCUCUCGAACCUCUGCCUCAAGAUCAAUGCCAAGCUGGGAGGCAUCAACAACGUCCUCGUGCCGCACCAGAGGCCGUCCGUGUUCCAGCAGCCCGUCAUCUUCCUGGGUGCGGAUGUCACUCACCCUCCAGCGGGUGAUGGGAAGAAGCCGUCGAUUGCGGCGGUGGUGGGCAGCAUGGAUGGCCCCCCCAGCCGUUACUGCGCUACAGUCAGAGUCCAGACGUCCCGUCAAGACAUGUCCCAGGAGCAGCUCUUCAGUCAGGAGGUCAUCCAAGAUCUUACCAACAUGGUGCGGGAGCUCCUGAUCCAGUUUUACAAGUCCACGCGCUUCAAGCCCACUCGUAUCAUCUACUACCGGGGCGGUGUGUCUGAAGGCCAGAUGAAACAGGUAGCAUGGCCGGAGUUGAUAGCUAUCAGGAAGGCGUGCAUCAGUCUGGAGGAGGAUUAUCGGCCCGGCAUUACCUACAUUGUGGUGCAGAAACGCCACCACACGCGUCUUUUCUGCUCUGACAAAGCUGAGAGGGUUGGGAAGAGUGGUAACGUGCCAGCUGGCACCACAGUGGACAGCACCAUUACACAUCCGUCGGAGUUUGAUUUCUAUCUGUGCAGCCACGCUGGAAUUCAGGGUACCAGCCGUCCGUCCCACUACCACGUCCUGUGGGACGACAACUGUUUCACGGCCGAUGAGCUGCAGCUCCUCACCUACCAGCUCUGCCACACGUACGUCCGCUGCACGCGCUCCGUCUCCAUCCCGGCGCCCGCCUACUACGCCAGGCUGGUGGCUUUCCGCGCCCGAUACCAUUUGGUGGACAAAGACCAUGACAGUGCUGAGGGUAGCCAUGUGUCAGGCCAGAGUAACGGCCGUGACCCCCAAGCUUUGGCCAAGGCGGUUCAGAUCCACUAUGACACCCAACACACCAUGUACUUCGCCUGAACUUGGGAGCCGAUCCGCCCGUCCACACUUGGACUUCCACUCCCGUCUGUAUUUUUCAUUAUUAUUUUUCAAAUCCGUUCACCGCUCGUCUUUUCCCCGUCGUCUCGUCCCCUCUCAUCACAGUCACUUUUCCAUUUCCCCUCAAUGUGCACCGGAGCGACAUUUUUUUUGGACGGGAUUCUGUGUCCACUAGCUUUCGAAUGAAACGAGGCUCAGUCCAGUGUUCCCCCGAGUCAAGUCGCCGUCCGAACCAGCAAUUCAGCACUGCAAACCCGCAGGGGUUUCCAAUGCGCAGAGGAAAAUGACAGGAAAAUAACAAAAAAAAAAAACAGACACACACAUACAUACUACUACUAAUUGAGCCAUUAUUUUGUGUUUGAUUUUAUUUUAUUUUCUGAAUCUGAAUGUCUGCACUCGUAUUUUUAAGAUACACUGAGCUACGGAGUGUUUCGGCACCACUUGCGUCGACGAAGCUCUUUCGCUCUCCCAGCUAAGCAGGACUCUGAUCUACUUUUACCUCAAAGCCCACCAGGGCAAAAUCUGUCACAAGGUCUUGGGUUUUAUUGGGUGGUCGGGAGGGAACUCCAAAUAAGGAGAUGGAGGGGGGUUUGACCUUUUGAGAAUGAGUAUAUAUAUACAUAUAUGAUAUAUAUUUUUUCCUUUUUAUGAGUGUUUUAACUUUUUUCCUCCGUGAGUCUUUUACAAACGAGGUGACCUGGGUGUCCAUACCCAUUCCUACUUUCCUCCCAUCCUUGCGAACGAGUAGCCGGUGUAUGCGUGCGCGUCUCUGUAAAUACGUUGUGCUGUCGGUUUGAGUGCGUGUGCGUUUGCGUGUCCACAUGUUUUUCAUGGCAGGCCACUGAAUUGUAAAGGGAAAUUGAGGAGAUAACUGCUGUAUAUGCCUCAGAUUUGUUGUUGUUUUUUUUCUAUUCACGCGUACAGUACAUAUAAAAAGUAUAUUUACAUCUCUAGAGCAGCUUUGAGAGAAAUGACUUCAGCAGGCCUCGUUUGAGGCGUCGUGGGGGGAUUUCUAGCAGUCCUGGGUCACGUAUUGAUUCACAUCGGGUAACACCUUGACGACGACGAGCGGGAUUUGCACACGCGCGACGAUUGAUUUCCAGUUGUGCGUGACAUUUCAUCUGAGGGACAGUGAUGUCAGAGGUCGGGACCUGUUUGGCGACAAAAAAAAAACCCAAACGGCAGCACAGUGGUCGUAUUAGCGGUGUGACGAAUUGGAUUUUUCUUUGGACCUGAUUAUCUGAAAGACUUUAUGAUGAGACUGCUGGAAUAUUUUUUUUAAUAUCUUUUAGUGGUAAUUUUUAGCGCCAGAAAUCAGUCGUAUAUAUAUUUUUUUGUUAUCUAUUGAGGUCUCAUUUCCAAAUGACGGCCAAUUCAUUGCACUGACCCGGGACGCUAGGCAAGUAACAGAGGACACUCUCGAUCUCUAUUACCUUUAUGCAUUUAUACAUACGAAUCAAUAAAUCAGAUUUGUAAAAAAAAUUUAAUAUAAGGAUGUUUUUGUGGUUAUCUUUUAAAAAAACCCAACUGUUUAGAAUUUAGUGCUACCGUUGAUGACGUUGUCGUGGUUGUCGGUGUUGUAAUUGUUGUGAUUUUUGACUUUUUUUAAAACAUUUUUUUUAAGUCAGUUGCGGUGAAUCUUUUUCCAAGUAGUUCAGGGGCUGCAGGUCAAGGGCGGUUGGAAUUUUGUUGUAGCAUCCCGGCUAAUGGCGAGGAGAUGUGCCCCCCAACUCCCCCCCUGGGAUGGAUAAACUCAUGCUUCCUUUGUUGGUCCAAGGACAGCUUGAAGCUUUGUGGCAAUUUGGGGCUUUUGUGUAGCACUCCGUAGUGAUGAAACAGAUCUGCCUCUGUGUGUCACUGUGUGCCGGUUUUUGACCAGUUGGCUGGAGACAAUCAGGGAUCGUACUUGUAGUGGAGCUAGAUUGGGGGUGGGGGAGGGUUGUUUUUAAAGCGGUUUGCAAUAGGCAAUGAGAUUUUUUUUUUUCCUAAUUAAAUAGUUUCAAUGACUGUAUUUGAUGUAUACCCCUUUUAACUCUUAAAGUCUUUGCUAUACAAGGUGUGAGUUUCUCAUGCAUUUAUUUUUUAUUUUUUUUAAACACUGGAUUGAACGAAUCGACUUUAGCGUGAGCACACCCCCUUGACACCCAUUGAAAGCAUUGUUUGCCGUUAGGUAGUUGCGCAAGCGGCGCCCUCCGAGCGUUGCUUCUGGAAAGCCGACAGUGUGCGGGCUGGCAGUCGCCGCGCACGCCUCAUCAGGGGGGUACAGCUCGAGGUAAAACCCUUUUGUAAUAAACCACCCGUAAAGCAGCAGGUUUAUUCGGAAUGAGUUUGAGCACUUACCUGUUGAAGGCGUGCGCGUUGGCAUCAAGCCGAGAGAGAGGGAGGCUUGUCCGGAACUUGAAGUGAAAGGAGGCGCUUGAAGGCAAAUGGGGGCUGUGGUUUAAUAUUCAUUUUUGCCGAUUGAAUAUUUCGCCGAAGGCAAAGUCGGAUUAACCAUCGUGUGCUGUUUGUAAAAUGGCAGCACAAAAGCAAUAUAGCCCAGUUGGAUGGUUAAAAUGCAGGAAAAACAAAGCUGUCGUUCUUGCCAUUGUGGUUUUUGGUCUACUGUCGUCCCUGUAUUUUAUUUUUUUUUCCCCCACCACGUUUCAUUUGCUUGUAUCAAUCAGUGGGGAUGUGCAUUUGGUGAUAUAGUUAUAGACUUUAGAUCCUUUUCAUUAACUAGAUUUUUGCUUGCCUGCAUGCCAAACUAUUCUCCUACUUAAAAGGAAACAAAAAAACACGUUUUUGGAAUCAUAUUUAUAAGGAUAAAGAAAAAAAAAAUCAAUCUUUUUGGGUGUAAAUGUUGAUCACUUUGUUGAAACUGUUUAGCAAUAUCUGUUUUUUGUUUAAGAUUCCCACACAAUGUCAAUUUUGUUUUGUAAGGCGGAGACGUGUUGUGGGGGGAGGGGGGUCUGCUCUUUGGGCCACGUUCAAAUUCAAACGAGGUACUUUGUUCAAAUACGGGCCAGUUUAAGAGCACCCCCUUCUCCUCUUUACCUAGUUACAGUCGUGAGCCUCCACAUUGUCUUCUUCCUGGUUUGUACCUGUGGCCGAGCCUUUUUUUGGGGUGUCUCCUGUCUCCAUGGCAACACCCCCCACCCCCUAACAAGUCGCAUAUUAGAAAUGAAAUUUCUGUCCCAAAUGGGGAGAGAGCAUGAGAAGCUGUUCAAAUUCCCAUGAUCACUUUGUUAUAUCACUUAUCUUUAAUGGAGUUCUUUGUAUUUUUUAAAAUUUUUUUUUUUUUGGGGGGGGUCAUUUUAGCUCUACUCUACAAUUUUGUCAGUGUUCCCUAAUAGCAAUAGAAAGCAUUGGAAUUCUUCAAUCCAAUGGAUGGAGCUGUCCAACACUUUCUGAGCAGAGCUGGGGCAUGUUGUAGAGCCCCCUCCCUCGUAUUGGGCCAUUCACACGGUAUUGCUAUUACAAAAUGCUCAAGUACAUUUUUUUUUUUUUUAGCCUGCAGGGAACUCUUGUGUUAAUGUGCAAAGUAAUAAAUUGGUAUUUUAUGCCCGUAA